GCAUCGGCGACGAAUGAGUCAGUAUCAGUACACAGCAGGCUUUUACAUGUAGUAACACGAACACCAGUGAUAGUAAACGUAUCGAUGGCAGAUUCAAAAAUACGAAUUUUUUCGCCGUCGAAAAAUUGAAACCAAAUUACAAAAUGAGCUAAUAAUAUAGUUUCAAAGUGAAAAAAAAACAUGCGGAAUUAAUUUUCUAAUCUUUCAUAUUUUUAAAAAAAAUCAUUAACGUAAACCUAGUCAUUUUUAUUUUAAAAAAUUGGUGAUUUUUGUUUUCUAUAAGUUUUCAACGGUCUUUGCGACCGUUUAUUAUGUUAAUUAAGUUCAUUGUUCGCGUGAUGGAAAUACGACUUAUCGUACUACUAAUUUUAUUUAAUUUCGUGCAUCGAUUGAGUGCUGAUUUAACUUGUUACGAAUGCACCACUCAACCAAAUCCGGAACCUUCCAAGUCAAAAUCAUGUUCGCAAUUCGACGAAAGCGAAAAAUACGAAGUGACUUGUCCAUAUUCCACAUUUUGUUUAAAAAGAACAUACCAAUACACUUUACAAGGAGGAAAAACGGUGGAAGUGGUAGAACGUGGAUGCGCACCACAAAAACAUAGUUUCCAUGUUUACGAAAAUAAUAGAUGGGUGCCACAAAAUACCAUAGAAAAAUCCAUUUACGAAGAAGGAUGCAUACCAUUUGAUCCAUCGGGUACCAAGCAACAGAAAUCUGAAUACUGUUAUUGUUCCUCCAAUUUAUGUAACACCGGCAAAAGGGCGACAGAAGCGUCUUUUUUUCAUCAUACUGAUACUAUGUCGGUUAUAUUCAUUUUUAAUGUUGUAAAAUUAAUGCGCAGCGUUCGUUAACAUUCCAACGUUCGACUGUUUUUUUUCUUUCGUUUUUUCAUGUUUAUAAUUUAGAAUAAGUUCAUUUGUGGGCUGUGUUUCAUUAUUAUUCUUUCUUUCUCUCUAUUAUUUAAAAAAAAAAAAUUGUACACGUAAAUUUUGUAAAUUUGUUUCUUUAUUAUUUAAUUUCCCGUGAUACGUGCAAUUUACAUGUAAAAAUCUCGAUUUUAAAUAAAUUGUAGAUCGUUACCAAAUAAAGUGAUACGGGGGUGUAAUUACUUGAAAAAAAUA